AAAAAACGUAAGAAGGAGCUUCUCUUUCAUUUUUCCACUUCUCAUCUGCUCUGCACAAAACUCCAUCCUCCAUUUUUCUUCCUCUUCUUUACCCAUUUCAAAAACUAAAACAGUAAAUCUCUUUUUUAUUAUCGGACGUAAAUCAAAAAAAAAAAAGAAGAGAGGAGAAAGAGAGGGCCUCUCGCGCUCUUAUUAAAAGCUUCAUCCUUUAGAUUUCAACCUCGUCUUUUUCUCCUCUCUUCUCCGUUUUUCUUAACUUUUCGGAAUCAAGGAUCGUGGGUCGAUCGGUUCAACGAAUCUGAUCAACACCCAGCUGUUAGUUUUCAACGAGUUACAUCCUAUUAGCUUUCCACAAAGAAUGGAUAUGGAAUCUUGUAAGCUAUUCAUCGGUGGGAUCUCUUGGGAGACAACAGAAGAUUGUCUCCGCGAGUAUUUUCAGAGUUUCGGUGAGGUUUUAGAGGCUGUCAUCAUGAAGGAUCGAGCCACUGGUCGUGCUCGUGGCUUUGGUUUCCUUGUCUUUGCUGAUCCCAAUGUUGCUGAGAGAGUCCUGCUUCUCAGACACGUCAUUGAUGGUAAACUUGUUGAGGCGAAGAAGGCAGUUCCAAGAGAUGAUCACAAGAGUAACAGCAGUCUACAGGGAUCACCACCUGGUCCAGCAAACAGUAAAAAGAUCUUUGUGGGAGGUUUGGCUUCAUCGGUUACAGAGGCUGAAUUCAAGAACUACUUUGCUCAGUUUGGGGUGAUCACUGAUGUUGUGGUGAUGUAUGACCACAGAACACAGCGACCGAGAGGCUUUGGGUUCAUCUCUUAUGAAUCAGAGGACGCUGUAGACAGAGUCUUGCAGAGGGCAUUCCAUGAGCUCAAUGGGAAGAUGGUGGAAGUCAAACUGGCUGUUCCCAAGGACCCAAUCCGGAACCAAAUGAAUGUUAAUGGCUUUGGAAUUGGCAGUGGUAGAAUCAGUGCGUUGAUGAUGAACGAGUACACACACGGAUUCAGCUCGAGUCCAGUGUCCGGUUUUGGAGUCAAACCUGAAGUUAGGUACAGUCCAGGAGUAGGUAACAGGGGAGGAUUCUCACCGUUUGGACAUGGAUUUGGGAUUGAUCUGAAUUUCGAGCAGGAGCAGAUUCAGAACUAUGGAUCUGGUUCCAGUGCUGGCUUUGGACGUCCCUUUAGUCCAGGAUAUACUCCGAGCCUUAACAGGUACAGUAGCCAGAUUGAGACAGGAGGUUCUGUGCUAAACACAGCAACAAAGAAUCAUGUAUGGGGAAAUGGUGGUGGUCUAGGUUACAUGUCAAACUCUCCAAUAUCUAGAAGCAGCUUCAGUGGAAACUCUGGAACGUCUUCACUAGGCAGCAUUGGAGACAACUGGGGAGGGGCUGCACGUGCACGUAAUAGUUAUCGCAGUGAAGGAGGAGGCGUAGGAUUAGAAGCAAUGAGAGGAGUUCAUGUUGGUGGUUACAGCAACGGCUUAAAUAGCUUGGAGGCAGACUCUUUGUAUAGUGACUCGGCGUGGCUUUCUCUGCCAGCAAAGGCGGAUGAAAGAAUGGGAAGGGGAGCAUUUGACUUCAUGUCUAGAGGACCAGCUGGAUACAUCAACAGGCAACCAAACGGAGGAAUUGCAGCUUAGAGAAGUGAGAAUUACAUUCUAUGGAGAUCAGAUAAUGAUUUGGCUAUUUUCAGGAGAGUUUUUAGAAGAGGGAAAAAAAGUGUUCAAAAUAUUUGUUUAAAAAAAGUUUUAUCCACCCUUUUUACUAUUUUAAUUGUUACUAUAGUUUUUAUCUUUUCACACUGGUUUUUCUAAUUUGGGGUUUUGUUUCUUUAAUCUUAAGAAGAUGUAAACAGAAUUAUAUAUAAAGAGACAAAGAAACAAUGAAGUGUGUUAUGAG